GCCAGAGCCCGGCUGCAGCUCCACAUCUGAGGGGGGAAAUCUGCUCUCAGCUGCCCUGCACCGCCGACCAGGGAAACAACGACAACACAAAUACUAAUACUAAUAAUAAUAAUGGAGUGACGGAGCACAGCGAGAGAUAGAAAGGGAGAGCGAGAGAGUAGAGAGAGGGGAAACGCCGCCUUGUUUCUGAAGCAUGCACAUAUUCUCUGGACUUGAUAUUUGCAGAGCGGGACGAAUCGUGUGAGCACAACGGCUUUGCUAUCACAGCGAGGCAGAGGAUAGCCGAGAGGAUGAUGCUUCGACUGUUGCAGUGCAUGUGCUGUACGCGGGAGACAUAUUGGGGCUGAGGAUCGUAUCACGUUGCGGAGGAAUUAUGUUGAUCCACAGGAUGCAUGCCUUCCCGGGCGUCAUCUAUCGCCUGUAAUAUGUAGCAACGACAGAGCAGCUGCUUUGAAGGCUCCCGUGAAAAGCGUCGCUCAUCCCCGGCUGGAGCAGAGCAACCUCCCCCCCCCCCCCCUCCCCCAGGUUCAGUGUCGAUGUGAGGGAGCGAUGCCCCGCUAAGAAGUGCGCUGUCCGCGGUGCUGAAGGGAUCCGGCAGAGGUGCUGAAGGGAUCCGGCAGCUCCUCGGGUCCUGACCUCCUCUCUCCCCGAAUCCUCCUCCCGCAACAACACACAGUAAGGUGGGCAAGAAGCAGGCCACCGCACAUGGACAGCUGCUGGGCUUGACUUGAGUCAGCCUGGACACUAUUUCUCUUUCAUGGCUGUGGCACGCAAAAUCAAAACUUUGCUGACCGUCAACAUCUUAGUGUUCGUGGGGAUUAUCCUGUUCUCGGUGUACUGCAGGAUCCAGGACCGGUCCGAGGAGCUCAUCCAGAUGGGGCGUAUGACCGACCAGAGGCUGCGAGCCAGGAAUGGCAAAGUUUCCAACUUGGUGGACAGGCAGUCUAUUCUGCAGAGGCUGGAGAGGCUGGAGGACGUGGUCUACAAUCAGCUAAACGGUUUGGCCAAGCCCAUGGGUCUGGUUGAAGGACCUGGAGGUCUUGGUCAGGGCGGAGCUGCUGCCACUCUGGGGGAGGACAGUCUCGAUGCGGAGGGGAAAUACGAGGAGUACGGCUACAACGCUCAGCUCAGCGACCGCAUCUCCCUGGACAGGAGCAUCCCCGACUACAGGCCUAAGAAGUGUAAGCUGUUGACGUACCAGGAGGACCUCCCUCAGAUCUCCGUGGUCUUCAUCUUCGUGAACGAGGCCCUGUCGGUGAUCCUGCGCUCCGUCCACAGUGUGGUCAACCACACUCCGGCUCACGUGCUCAAGGAGAUCAUCCUGGUGGACGACAACAGUGACAGCGUGGAGCUGAAAUUCAACUUGGACCAAUAUGUGAACAAGCGCUACCCGGGCCUGGUGAAGAUCGUGAGGAACAGCAAGCGGGAAGGCCUGAUCAGAGCCCGGAUUCACGGGUGGAACGCCGCCACGGCUCCCGUCGUUGGAUUCUUUGAUGCCCACGUCGAGUUCAACACUGGCUGGGCUGAACCCAUCCUGACCCGGAUGAAGGAGGAUCACACGCGCAUCAUCCUGCCCGCCAUCGACAACAUCAAGUACAACACGUUCGAGGUGCAGCAGUACGCCAACGCCGCCCACGGCUACAACUGGGGCCUGUGGUGCAUGUACAUCAUCCCCCCGCAGGAGUGGCUGGACAAGGGCGAUGAGACGGCCCCUAUCAGAACUCCAGCUAUGAUUGGCUGCUCCUUCGUGGUCGAUCGGGAAUACUUUGGAGAGAUCGGUCUGCUGGAUCCUGGCAUGGAGGUCUACGGGGGCGAGAACAUCGAGCUCGGCAUGCGGGUGUGGCAGUGUGGAGGCAGUAUGGAGGUCCUGCCCUGUGCCAGAGUGGCUCACAUCGAGCGUACCAAGAAGCCCUAUAACAACGACAUAGAUUACUACGCCAAGCGCAACGCACUGCGAGCCGCCGAGGUGUGGAUGGAUGAAUACAAAUCGCACGUCUACAUGGCCUGGAACAUCCCCAUGAACAACCCCGGGGUUGAUUUCGGGGAUGUCUCGGAGCGCCUGGCCCUGAGGAAGAGGCUUCAGUGUCGGAGUUUCCGCUGGUACCUCGAACACGUCUACCCGGAGAUGCGGAUCUACAACAACACCAUCACAUACGGAGAGGUGAGGAACAGCAAAGCGAGCGGCUACUGUCUGGAUCAGGGAUCUGAAGACGACGACAAAGCCAUCCUCUACCCCUGCCACGGCAUGUCCUCCCAGCUCGCCCGCUACGCCACAGAGGGGCUUCUCCAGCUAGGACCCCUGGGGUCGACCACCUUCCUGCCUGACACAAAAUGCCUUGUCGAUGAUGGCAGAGGACGCACUCCCAGACUGAAAAAGUGCGACACUGUUUCAAGGACUUCACAGAGGCUUUGGGACUUCACACAGAAUGGCCCAAUCAUCAGCAGGGACACCGGUCGAUGCUUGGAGGUAGAAAUGUCUAAAGACGCCAACUUCGGCCUCCGCCUGGUGGUCCAGAGAUGCUCGGGGCAGAAGUGGAUGAUCCGAAACUGGAUUAAGCAUCCGAGACAUUGAAGCCAUAGAAGAAAAAACAACAACCUCGGAGACAGUUUGGCCGGUGUUUGAAGUCACAGUUGGAUCUCAAACUGUGGACAGUUCAGAGAGGAACAGGGGCCGGUGGUGCUAGUGUGAGAAAUUUCACACUGCAGACUUCAGCACACUGAGCCUCCCUCAGGCCUCAGAGCUCUUCAACACUCAAAGAAGAAUCUGAAUCAUCCAUGUGUUCACGGACACCUGCGCUGUUUGAAACGGCCCAAAUUUCUGACAUUCAGCCUCAUGUAUAGAACAGAGUACCAGGACCACUGAGGUCAGCCCAUCAAGGGGGUUGGACGUCCUGGUAACUCUUUUGUUUCUACUGUAAGACUAUCUGAAUUUUGAGAUAAGAAAGUGUGUGUGUGUGAGCGUGUUUAAUUUAGAGAGUGAAUCUGAGCAAAUGGAAAGACAUGAUUGCCACAUCACAGUAUGAUUUUGGGCUCUGAUGUGGAGGAUUCUUUGGACAUAUUGUGCUGGCAGACAUGUAAUAGGCUUCAUAGGGGCUGCCCAUCAUCCAACAGGAAGUAUUUCUCACACACACAUACACACACACACACCACUGCAGUUCUUUGUUUCUUUGGACUGUAUUGCUCACUGAGGACAGGAGCAAUCAUGUGCCUUUUUCUCCUAAUUUCUCUGCUUACUCUGACCAGGGAAUGUCAGUCCCAAAAAGCAUGUACAAAGUUGUUUGAAAAUUCUUAAUAUAUAAAACCAUGUAUAAAACAAUGUAAUGAUAGUAAUAUAUUGUAAAAACUGAAGAAU